CUCUUCCUCGUAAUAAAAACUGUUUACACACUGUAAUUCACAUGUCUUGCAUGACAGUUACAGGCCGGCCUGUCGGCUGACGGCCGAACGGGCCUGCAAAGCAGCGCAACCUAGGCCGCAGUGCGCAGCCUUGUACUAGCUUUCCUAUUUUUUCCACCUUAGGGAUACACACUUGUCGUAAAGCCGCGGCUGAAAGCCGCUUAACGUUCGCAAGAGAGUCCUCGAUUAGUUAACUCUAGCCAAGAUGGCUGCCGCGCCAGCAAAGGAGGUGACCACCAAGCAGGUCGCAGCGGUGCGAUUUGGCUUCUACAGCGAAGAUGAGAUCCGGAAGCUCAGCGUCGUCAAGGUCACCAGCCCGAUCAUCUUCGAUAACAUGAAGGUGGCGGUGCCUGACGGCCUGUACGACCCACGUAUGGGGCCUGUGGACAUACGUGACAGGUGCGCCACUUGCAAGCUGGGCUUCGAUCGGUGCCCGGGCCACUUCGGCCAUAUCGAGCUGCCGGUGCCGGUCUACAACCCCUUGGUCUUCAAGGUGCUGUACAAGCUCAUGCGGUGCACCUGCAUCCACUGCCACCGCUUCAAGCUGUCCCAAGAUUCGGUCGACACCUAUACGGCAAAGCUCCGGCGGCUUGUGGAGGGUGAGCUUGUACGUGCUGUGGAGAUCACGACUGACCGCGCGCCCAAGUCGAAGGACUUGGCCGAGUUCAUGAGCUCAGUGGAGCCGGAGAAGCGGCGUCAUGUGGCGAAUGACCCCAAGGCGGGUGCGCGCGUGCCCGGGGCACGCCGCAUCAUCACGCAACACACCUUGGAGGCGAUUCAGGACACUAUCGCGGACAUGAUGAAGAAGAUGAACAGCACCCGCUGCCAGAACUGCAAGAUCCACAACCCCGCCAUCAAGAAGCAGGGCACCACCAAGCUCUUCUGCGUCUGGACCAGCCGCAAGGCCCUCCUCGAGAACGUCAAGGAGGGACAUGACAUCAGAAACGUGCUCGAGGGGCCGGGCGGAGGAGACGUCCUGGGCGAUCUGGAGCGGAGCAUGGCGGCGGAGGUGGAGACUAAGUCCGCCGCAGGCCGCAAGCGCGCCCGUGGCAACGCCAACGACGCGAAGAACCCGGCGGCGGUGGUCCAGACGGGAGCGUACGGCAACGCCGAGGACUUCACGGGAGACGACACGGAGGCGGCGGACGGCAAGCAGAAGCGUGUCAAGGUUGGCGAGGAUGACGACAGCGACUUUGACCUGAGCGACGGGAGCGAGGAGGCGGAGGAGGCUGCCGGUGGUGACGACCUGCACGGUGGGGAGCCUGCUGCCGCUGGCGAUGCAGGGCCUAGCGGACGUGAUGCUGAGGAGGCAAAGGGCCGUGGCGCUAAGGGGAAAGGCCGGGCGAAGAAGGCCAGCGACUCCCCGGUGAAGCAGCUUGAUGUCGCCACCAAGUACAUGACCCCGCUGGAGGUGGAGGAGCACAUGCGGCUGCUCUGGGACCGCGAGUGGCCCAUCCUGUCGCUCAUCUACAGUGCGCAGGUGGCUGCGAAGCCGGGGCAAAAGCACGGCGCGCGGCUCAUGACGGAAACGGAGGCGCGCUCAGCCUACCGCAUGUUCUUCUUGCGCGCGAUUCCGGUGGCGCCCAACAAGUUCCGCCCGCCCUCCAAGGUUGGCGACGAUCUGUUUGAGCACGCCCACAACGUCUCGCUUUGCAAGGUCAUCAACUGCUGCCUGGACCUCACCACCACCGCGCCCGCCACGGACGCCGCGCAGGCCGCCCCGGGCGGCGUGGGCGCCGAUCCCGCGCAGGCCGCCGCAUUGGACCUCUCCCGGCGUGUGGCAAAGUGGCUGGAGCUGCAGAACGAGGUGUGCACGCUGAUGGACUCGACGACGGCGGAGAACAACAGCGCGGGCGUCCAGGGCAUCCGGCAACAGCUGGAGAAGAAGGAGGGGCUCUUCCGCAAGAACAUGAUGGGCAAGCGUGUCAACUUUGCUGCACGUUCCGUCAUCUCGCCAGAUCCCUACAUUGGCGCAGGUGAGAUCGGCGUGCCGCCCUACUUUGCCAAGCGCCUGUCCUUCCCCGAGCGCGUCACGGCGUUCAAUGUGGAGCGGCUGCGUGCUGCGGUCAUUGCGGGCGCCGACCAGCACCCGGGCGCCGUGGCGGUCGAGGAGGUUGCGACGGGACGCAUGCUGUCGCUCGCCAACAUGCCGCUGCAGCGUCGCCAAGCGCUGGCGAAGCAGCUGCUUUCCAACACCGCUGUCUUGGGCCGCACGGGAGCCUCGUCGCGCCUGGGUCGCGCCAGCAGCGCGGCCACGUCUUCCUCGCACAGCAGCAGCGUCACCAUGGCCGGCAACUACAUCGUGUACCGCCACCUGCAGGACGGAGACCUCAUGCUCACCAACCGCCAGCCCACCUUGCACAAACCAGGCCUCAUGGCUCACCGCGCGCGCGUGCUCAAGGGCGAGCGCACCAUCCGCAUGCACUACGCCAACUGCUCCACCUUCAACGCCGAUUUCGACGGUGAUGAGAUCAACUUGCACCUUCCGCAGGAUCAGCUGGGCCGCUCCGAGGGCUACGUGAUCGUACACGCUGACCAGCAGUACAUUGUCCCCACCGACGGCAAGCCCAUUCGCGGUCUCAUCCAGGACCACGUCGUGUCGGCUACGCUGCUCACCAAGCGAGGCACCUGGUUCACCGCGGAGGAGUAUCGCCAGCUUGUCUACGUGGCAUGCACGCCAUGGAUGGGCAAGGGCCCGGCAGCGGCGGCGGCAGCCGCAGCGGCGGCUGCGGACGGCAAGCGCGCCGCCAAGGUCACCGUGACGGCUGUGGGGCAGACGCACGACAUUGAGCUGGAGCCGCCGUGCAUGCUGAAGCCGCGGAGGUUGUGGAGUGGAAAGCAGGUUGUGAGCACGGUGGUGUCGUUCUUCACUCGCGGCAUGCCGCCACUGAGCUUUAGCGCGGGCGGCAAGGUGCCCGCCAGCUACUGGGGCGCCAACAGCGGCGAGGAUGACCUGCAGUUCCACCGUGGCGCCCUGGUGCGCGGCGUCGUGGACAAGAACAGCUUUGGCAAGUUUGGUCUCGUACACGCCGUGCAGGAGCUGUACGGAAACGCGGCGGCGGGCAAGCUGCUGUCGGCCUUCAGCCGCCUGUUCACGUACUACCUGCAGUGGCACGGCUUCACUUGCGGCAUGGACGACCUGCUGCUGGUGCCCGCUUCGGAGGCGCGCCGCAGUGCGCUGCUGGCGACUGCCGAGGCGCGCGCCGUGCAGGCCAGCUCGGAGCUGCUGGGCGACAGGAGCCCGGCGGGCGCCGGGCUGCCGGCGGAGGCGCUGGCGGACCCGCUGAAGCACGCGCGGACACUGCUCAGGCACGAACUGAAGGUCGCGGCGGCGCUGGGUGAGCGCUACCGCGCCAACCGCGACACCGGCAAGGCGCACGACAUGAAGGGCUCGGGCGCCAUGCACGCGCUGUCCUCGGAGGUCAUCAAGGUCUGCCUGCCCGGAGGCCAGUGGAAGGCCUUCCCGCGCAACACCCUGUCGCUCAUGACCAUCACGGGUGCGAAGGGCUCUCUGGUCAACUUCAGCCAGAUCUCUUGUCUGCUGGGUCAGCAGGAGCUGGAGGGUCGCCGCCCGCCGCGCAUGGCGAGCGGCAAGACGUUGCCGUGCUUCCGGCCGUACGAUGGCGGCGGCCGUUCCAACGGCUUCAUUGGCGACCGCUUCUUGACGGGUCUGCGGCCGCAGGAGUACUACUUCCACUGCAUGGCGGGUCGUGAGGGUCUGGUCGACACGGCCGUCAAGACCUCUCGCUCGGGCUACUUGCAGAGGUGUCUGGUGAAGAACCUCGAGUCCCUGCGGGUUCACUACGACGGCACUGUGCGUGACAACUGCGACGCCUCCAUCGUGCAGUUUGCGUACGGCGAGGACGGACUUGACGUCAUGAACGUGUCGUACAUGAAGCAGUUCGGCUUCCUGGCCCGCAACGCCGAGCGGUUCUCGCAGCAGGUCGACCGGGGCACUGCCAUGGCGGCCAGCCAGACUGCGGCCUUGACGGAGCGCGAGGGCGAGGUCUCAACCACCCUGCGCACGCGGGCUGCUCUGCUGGCGGAGGCUGAGAAGCACAAGGCGGCCGGCAACAACGCCGCCGCCGCGGCCGCCCGGAAGAAGGCUCACGAGCUCCUGGGUGGUCUGCCCAUCAGUGCGCUGCAUCCUCCCACAGUGGUCGGCGCCGCCAGCGAGGCGUUUAGCGACGCGCUGCUGAGCUACGUGGAGACGAACCCGGAUGGCGCAUUGCAGCUGGCUCCCCCAGCAGAAGGCAAGUCGAAGAAGAGCAAGAAGGACAAGGCGGAGGCCGCCGGGCCGGGCCGGCCACGCGGCGCUAGCAAGGGCGCCGUGGACGGUGCCACUUUCGCUCAGCUGAUGAUGCUCAAGUACAUGCGGGCGCUAGCAGCCGCCGGAGAGGCGGUGGGAGUGCUGGCAGCGCAGUCCGUAGGCGAGCCCAGCACGCAAAUGACGCUCAACACCUUCCACAUGGCGGGUCGUGGUGAGGCCAACGUGACGCUGGGUAUCCCCCGUCUUCGUGAGAUCCUCAUGACGGCGGCCAAGAAGAUCAAGACGCCCGUCAUGACGCUGCCGCUGCUGCCGGGGCUGGGCGUCGCGGACGCGCAGGUGCUGGCCAACCGCAUGCGGCGGCUGCGGCUGGCUGAGUGCCUGCAGGGCAUCACGGUGGAAGAGCAGCCGGUGGCGCUGGUGCCGGCGCUGGCGGAGGGCUUUGGCCGGCAGUACCGAGUGACGCUGCACUUCUUCAGCCCUGCCCAGUAUCCUUCGGAGGCCAAGCUGGGCUUUCCAGAGCUGGUGGCGGUGUUCAAGGGGAUCUUCUCGCGGCGACUGCAGCUCGAGGUGGAGAAGGAGGCGCGCCGGAAGGCCGGUGUGGGCGUGGGCAAGAUUGACGUGUCGCUGGUGCAGGACGGCGAGGUGGCGGCGGCUGGAGGAACAGGUGAAGAGGACGGCGAUGGUGAAGCUGGCGGCAGCAACCGCUCAGCGGCCAAGGCCCGGAAGAGCGAGAAGGCGGAUGACUUUGAGGACUUCGAGGAGAAUGAGGAGCUCAGGGAGGGCAAGCUAAGGUUCCGCGGUGGUCGUGGCGAGGCAGCCACGUACGAUGCCGGGGAUGAGGAGGACGAGGAGGCCGCCGCUGCUGCUCGGCGGGAAGCGGAGCGGCGCGGCCUGGGCGUUGUGGACGAUGAGGACGACGACCUGGCGCAGGAUGAUGAUGAUGAGGCGGCGGCGGAGGGCACCGAGGCCGGAGAGAAGCACCAGGCUGCGGGCCCCAGCCGCCCCAAGAGUGCCGUCGGUGCUGCUGCUGGCAGCGCUGACGUCGACUACCAGAACCACACGUGCAGCCUGACCAUCAUCCUUCCGCUCAGCAGCCCCAAGCUGCUGAUGCUGGAAAUUGUGGAACGGGUCGCUGCCAACACCCUGGUGCGGUCGACCCCUGGUAUUGACAAGGUGUACGUGGUCGAGGGUCAGGGCAAGGAUGCGCCCAAGCUGCAAACCGAUGGCGUCAACUUUGAGGGUGCCUGGGUGAACUCGGACAUUGCGGACAUCCACGGUAUCACGACCAACGACGUGUACGCCGUGCUGACGACGUACGGCGUUGAGGCGGCUCGCGCCACGAUCAUGCGGGAGGUGCAGUCAGUGUUCAGCGCGUACGGCAUCGGCGUGGACCCUCGCCACCUCAGCCUCAUCGCAGACUUCAUGACCCACCAGGGUGGAUACCGGGCCUGCAACCGCGUCGGCAUCGAGUCGAGCGUGUCGCCGUUCCUCAAGAUGUCGUUCGAGACGGCCGCGCACUUCCUCACAGAUGCCACGCUGCGCGGGUCGAUUGAUGACCUCAAGUCACCUGCCGCCCGGCUAUGUGUGGGCAGGGUAGUGGAGGUUGGCACGGGCUGCGUUGAGCUAGUGCAAGAACUUAGCGCGUAAGAGGCGAUCAGCAUGCUGGUCUGGCGUGUGCGAUAACAGUACAGUAUAGUUGAACCCUUUUAUGCAUUGUAACAUUUCCUUAUGUACUAGGCAGGACAGCGUGUGGGUGAAGGUAUUUGAUAACUGUUACUUCGAACUAACUUCAGCAGCUCGUGCGAAGACGGCGAGGUCAGUGGGCGUGGAUUCGGUUGGGCAAGGUGGUUUUGUGAGCAGGUGAUCAAUUCGUUCCAGUUCGUGCUGGGCAGGCUCCAACUUCGAGCUUGGAUUUUUGCAACUGUUUUCUGCUGAGUUACUCCUGCAUCACUGGUUGCAAGCCAAAUGACCAGCAUGCGUUGUAAGGUGUCAGGGUGUUUGCUCCUCCAUUUGCGAUAUGGCCUACGACAUGAUGAUAGACCAUACCUUGCACCACUUCCGUCAUCAGGGUAACAUAGCGUAGCAGAAAUAUCUGCCGCACGUGUAAACAUGCAACUCGUAUACAAACCAGUAUGGCGCUUGGGUAGCGGUGCCGGAACCGACGGCAGGCGCGCCCCAUAGAUACACGCGCCACAUAGAUACACGCGCCAUCACAUGCACCUUAUUAGGUAAUGCGCCACAGACUUUUUAGGACAGAGAGCUUCUGAGCCAAGCUGGGCCAAUCUUGCAUGAAGUGCACUACAUCCUGAUCACCAAUGUAAUUAAGACCACUGCUACUGAGGAACGCCACGACGCAUUUCCAGCGCAACGCACAUAGACUCCAGAGCUUGCAUACCUCAUAAAUAGUGCUACUGUUUAAAUAUAUGUCUUGCAGCCUGCCAAAUGCCUGCCCAUUGGUGCAAUGAAAACAGUGCU